GGAGCUUGGAGGACCGUUCCCUUUCCACCACGGCUUUGCUUUUUACCCUCGUUCUUCUUCUUGGGGCUGCUGCACUUGCUGCUCUCAGUCCGAAGAAGCUGUCACAGAGAAUGUGUCCCUCCUCAAUGCGGAUGUCAGCUCGGCCUUUUAGCUUUUGAACUGGAUUAAUUUUUUAAAAAUAUAUAUUAUAUUUGAUAUUAUAUAGAAUGCGUUUUCGAUUUCAGUGUAAGCCGCCCUGAGCCGCUCCAGGAAAGGCGGUCUACAAAUCGGAUGGAUGGAUGGAUGAAAGGCUGUCUCUGUCCCAUUGAUGUCCUGGCAGAGAACCUGCCCUUUCAUCUAACUGAGCAAGUUCAUUUGUACUGAGCCGGGGGAGAGCAGCCGGCCCUCUCCAGCCCCUGCACAACAUCCCUCCAGGGGCUGUUGCUGGGUGUCUUUUUAGACUGUGAGCCCUUUGCGGACAGGGAUUCAUGGAUUUUUUUUUCUUUGUAAGAGCAGUAUAUAAAUAUAUUCUUAGUAGUAGCAAUAGGGAGCCGCCCAAGCCCUGGAAGGGCGGCGUGCAGCUAUUUUAAGCCCAUUUUUAUUUAAAAUAAUAAACAUUUUUGUUGUUAUAUUUUAAAAUAAAAUGAUGCCCUGCCCCCCAUUGCUCCUGCUGCUGCUGCUGCCGCCAACCUGGGUCGCUGGCCGGCUAACCCGGCGGAGUCCCCCUUCCUCCUCCCAGGGGAGCGGCUGGAGGAGCUGCGCCCUUCCCCCGCCCGCUGCCAGUGCCUGCGCGCCUUGCUGGCCAGCUGGGGCGCCUCCUCCUCCUCCUCGACGCCGGGCUGUCCUGCUGCGCUCCGCCUGGUUGGCUGAGGCUGCGCGCGGCGGGGUUUUGCUGAACGCGCCGCGGCGGCGGAAGCCGGAGGUGGCCGAGGAGGAGUUGGCGGAGGCGGGGACGGCGCAGCUGGAGAGCCGGCGGGGCGGCUGCUGCUGCUGCUUUGUCUAGCCGAGGCCGCCGCCGCCAUCCCGGGGGGCGCGCAAGGCAGAGGAGGCACGCAGCUCCGAGGAGGAGGAGGAGGAGGGGGAGAAAGCAGCCGCCCCCGCAGCAGCCCGGCCGAGGGGUCUCCUCCGGUGCGCGCGGCUCCCUGCCUGCCUUCCCCUCGCUGCUCUCUCCGGGCGCGCAAGGAGGAGCGAGCAGGCGGCGGCGGCGGCGGCAGCAGCGUCCCCCCAGCAGGGCGCAGCGCUUUGCCCGGCUGGCAGCAGCGCAGUGGGGCGGCGGCGGUGGGAGGAGGAACCGGUUGCACCGGCCGGGCUGCGGGCUGCCGCCGGCGGGGCGGGUGUCUGGGCUCUCGGGGCGGCCAUGGCGUCGGCGUCGGCGGCGUCUUCGUGCAGCCUGAAGGACGAGCUGCUGUGCUCGAUCUGCCUGAGCAUCUACCAGGACCCGGUGAGCUUCGGCUGCGAGCACUACUUCUGCCGCCGCUGCAUCACCGAGCACUGGAGCCGGCAGGAGGCGCAGGCGGCGCCGGCCCGCGACUGCCCGGAGUGCCGGCGCACCUUCGCCGCGCCCACCCUGGCGCCCAGCCUCAAGCUGGCCAACAUCGUGGAGCGCUACGCCGCCUUCCCGCUGGACGCCCUGCUGAGCGCCACCCAGCAGCGCGGCGCCGCCUCGGCCCUGGCCUGCGCCAAGGAGCACGCCAAGGUCAAGCUCUUCUGCCUCUCCGACCGCGCCGUCGUCUGCUUCUUCUGCGACGAGCCCGCCCUGCACGAGCAGCACCAGGUCACCAGCCUGGACGACGCCUUCGAGGAGCUGCAGCGGGAACUCAAGGAGCAGCUGCAGACCCUGCAGGACAGCGAGCGCGGCCACACGGAGGCCCUGGCCCUGCUGAAGCGCCAGCUGGCCGACACAAAGUCUUCCGCCAAGAGUUUGCGAGCGACGAUUGGCGAGGCCUUUGAGAGGCUGCACCGGCUGCUGCGGGAGCGCCAGAAGGCCAUGCUGGAGGAGCUGGAGGCGGACACGGCCCGGACCUUGACGGACAUUGAGCAGAAGAUCCAGCGCUACAGCCUGCAGCUGCGCAAGGUGCAGGAGGGGAGCCAGAUCCUGCAGGAGCGCCUGGCGGAGGCGGACAAGCAUGCCUUCCUGGCUGGCAUCGCCUCGCUUUCGGAGAGGCUGAAGGGGAAGAUCCACGAGACGAACCUCACCUACGAGGACUUCCCCACCUCCAAGUACAUGGGGCCAUUGCAGUACACCAUCUGGAAGUCUCUCUUCCAGGACAUCCACCCAGUACCGGCCGCGCUCACGCUGGACCCCGCCACGGCCCACCAGCGCCUCAUCCUGUCCGACGACUGCACCAUCGUCGCCUACGGCAACCUGCACCCGCAGCCGCUGCAGGACUCCCCCAAGCGCUUCGACGUGGAGGUCUCGGUGCUGGGCUCGGAGGCCUUCGGCGGCGGCGUCCACUACUGGGAGGUGGUGGUCUCGGAGAAGACGCAGUGGAUGAUGGGCCUGGCCCACGAGGCCGUCACCCGCCGGGGCAGCAUCCAGAUCCAGCCCAGCCGCGGCUUCUACUGCAUCGUCAUGCACGACGGCAACCAGUACAGCGCCUGCACGGAGCCCUGGACGCGGCUGAACGUGAAGAGCAAGCUGGAGAAAGUGGGCGUCUUCCUGGACUAUGAGAAGGGACUCCUGAUCUUCUACAACGCCGACGACAUGUCGUGGCUCUACACCUUCCGGGAGAGGUUUCCCGGCAAGCUGUGCUCCUACUUCAGUCCCGGGCAGAGCCACGCCAACGGCAAAAACGUGCAGCCCCUCCGGAUCAACACCAUCCGCAUUUAAGGGCUCGCCCUGCCCUGGGUGGGGAUAGGACGCUGGUGGGUGGGUGGGUGUCACGUGCCCGUGACGAGCUUCUGGGGGGAGGGUGGCAUGGAGAGGGUUCCUCGGGAGGGGAGGCCGAGAGGGACCAAGCUCGGUGCCUUGGACUCUUGGGGGAGAAGAGUGGGCCGGGUUUUGGACCUUCUGCAUGGCUGGUGGCCCAAUGGGGCCCACAGGACUAGCCCAGGGGCAAGGCGUUCCUGCUGGGGACGGUGUUGGAACUUUCCCCCAGCUGGCGAGAGUGCAGACAGUGCAUGCCCUGAAAAAGUUAAUUCUGCUCCCACCCACCCCGAGUCGGCAGAAAGGGGUCCGGGUUGCGUGUCCGUCCAAAACGAGAGUCCUUUUCCUGAGCUGGGAGCGGAACUGGGAGCAAAACGGAAGCACUUCUGCCGACGACUGGGCACAGUCGUCUACUCCCUGUUAAGGAGAGGAUUUAUAGAGAGAGAUUGAAAGCAACCCACAAAAUAAAAGGAAAGUUUGGUCUCGG